AGAGAUACUACCCUAAAGGAGGAGAUCUCCUACCACAUCAUCCCUGUCAUCCAGAAGUCUGGAGGCAACAUCCUGGUCAGACCACCUAUCACCCAGAUUCUGGUCAACAAGGACGGGGCUGCAUAUGGUGAGAAUCCAGGUAUGGUCCAUAUCCUUUUCACAAUGGACAAACAGAGUCGUAUUGCAUUGAUUCAGUCCCUGAAUGAUAGGCCAGAUGUGAAAACUCUAUAAUAACAGCCCACAGACAAAUGACACACACAGUCAACACAGUCUCCCCUUGUUGUGCUGGGAGAGUAAGUAUUACAUCGCUUAUUUCCUCAUGCAAGAAUUAUGAGGACUUAAAGAAGCUUGUCCUGUGAUGAGAUCAUGUUGAUAUUUCAAAGGCAUACAAUGUAUUUCUGAGUCAGAUCCUGUUUGUUUCCAUUGCCAGGUGUGAAGGUGAGGAAGGGACAGGAGGAGGUGGAGGUACAUGCUCCUGUGAUCAUCUCCAACUGCGGUCUGUUCACCACCUUCCAGAAACUACUGCCCCCUCAGAUCCAGACCAAGCCAGGUGAGUCACACUGACAAACUAACAACAUGUAGGAUCUCAAUCAAUCAACUGACUGAUCGAUCAAUCGAUCUGUGUUGCCUUAUGGUGUUCUGUCUUGCUAUUGUCAAGUCUUGCUAUGGGCAGUUGAGGGAAAAGUACACAAUUAUCAUACUUGAAUAAAAGUAAAGAUACCUUAAUAGAAAAUGACUCAAGUAAAAGUGAAAGUCACCCAGUAAAAUACUACAUGAGUAAAAGUCUAAAAGUAUUUGGUUUUAAAUCUACUUAAGUAUCAAAACUAAAUGUAAUUGCAAAAAUAUACUUAAGUAUCAAAAGUAAAAGUACAUCAAAAGUAAAAGUAUAAAUAAGUUCAAAUUCCUUAUAUUAAGCAAACCAGACAGCACCAUUUUCUUGUUUUUUAAAUUUACAAAUAGCUAGUGGCACACUCCAACACUCAGACAUCAUUUACAAGUGAAGCAUAUGUGUUUAGAAAGUCCACUAGAUCAGAGGCAGUAGGGAUGAACAGGGAUGUUCUCUUGAUAAGUGCGUGAAUUGGACCAUUUUCCUGUCCUGCUAAGCAUUCAAAAUGUAACGAGCACUUUUGGGUGUCAGGGAAAAUGUAGGAAUUCAAAAGUACAUUAUUUUCCUCAGGAAUGUAGUGAAGUAAAAGUAAAAGUUGUCAAAAAUAUAAAUAGUAAAGUACAGAUACCCCAAAAAACUACUUAAGUAGUACUUUAAAGUAUUGUUACUUAAGUACUUUACACCACUGGCUAUUGGUUGAUGGUAAAACACUUUCUUCCUAACAGACAUCCAGAAACGUCUGACAUGAUGAAACACGGCAGAGGAUCAUUAUCUCUGGCUGUCAUGGAACCCAAGAGGAGCUGGGUAUGGUCGCCACCAGCUUCUUCUUCAUAGUAAUAUGGAUGGCUCCUAAGUACAAGGCACCGAGUGCUCUUUCAACAUUGAAAUGAGAUGAUAUCGCUCUCUGUACUCACAAGGUGGCGCUGCUGCAUAAACAAUGAAUACAAGCAGUUACUAUGGCAUCCAUAUAUAGCCUACAGUUAUAUAUGACCGUUUUUUAUGGAGACUAGUUUAUUGAUGCAUCAUCACUCCAGCAUUCUUCAGAUGUUUACAGCCUUGUUGUUUUGUGUAGGAUGGAAGGGUUCUUUGCCAUGAGUAAAGAGGAUGAACCUGAUAACAUCCCCAUGAUGUUCAUCACCUUCCCCUCUGCCAAAGAUCCUAUAGCCAAAAUGAGACACCCAGGUAGGAUACUGUACCACUGAAUAUCAAAGAUAAUGUAGUCAAAUGGUGUGUACUUCUUUGUCUGAUGUACUGUAUAUACCAUGUUACAUUCCAGAGAAAUCAUGCAUGAUGAUUUUGACCAUGGUGAAAUAUGAGUUGUUUGAGGAAUGGAAGGAUACUACCUCAGUAAGGAAAUGGGGAGAUGAAUGGGGAGAUGACUACAAAAUGUCAUUCUUUGACUGGGCAUGCACCCUUUUCCCCAAGCUGAGAGAAAAGUUAUGAACAAACUAACAUAGUGUAUAUUGAAUCUCUCGCUCUCGCUCUCUCUCACUCGCUCUGUGUUUGGGAGUUUGUAGAGGUUUAGAGAUGAAUCCAUGUUAAUUCAAUGAAUCAAUUAGCAGUCAAUUAACUAUUGAAACUGUCUCUAUGCUCUGUUCUCCAGUUAGUGUUCCAGGACGUUGUGACCCCCCCCUAACUAACAUGCACUACUUGGGAGCCCAGCGCGGGGCCAUGUACUCUACUGAGCACAACCUGGACCUCUUCCAUGCUGAGGACAGUGCCAGGAACCGCUGCUCCACCCCUGUCAAAAAGCUUUUAAUCUCAGGUUACACUCCUGGAGCUUCUCCUCUAAUGCUUCUCCUAAGGAUGAUAUAAUCUAUAAAGUGAGAUGAAAUGUGCAUUAGCCGUAAAGUCUAUUGAGUUAUAUAGUCACAUGUUGUAAAGUCUAUAAAGUUAUAUAGUCACAUGUUGUAAAGUCUAUAGUUAUAUAGUCACAUGUUGUAAAGUCUAUAGUUAUAUAGUCACAUGCUGUAAAGACUAUUGAGUAAAAUAGUCCCGUGCUGUAAAGACUAUUGGGUUAAAUAGUCACAUGUUGUAAAGUCUAUCGAGUUAAAUAGUCACGUUGUAAAGACUAUUCACAGUUACAAACUCUUGUCUGAUUGUAAUGUUUUAGUAUGUUGUAAAGACUAUUCACAGUUACAAACUCUUGUCUGAUUGUAAUGUUUUAGUAUGUUGUAAAGACUAUUCACAGUUAUAAACUGUUGUCUGAUUGUAAUGUUUUAGUAUGUGAGGGAGCUUGCAUGUCUUAAGGCCAUCUUUGCCACAUCUUAUAUGGUGUGUGUGGAUGUACCUUUUCCAGGGCAGGAUGUGUUCAGCUGUGGGAUAGCAGGAGCGUUGCACGGCGGUCUACUGUGUGCCUCCAUGGUCUUGGACGACAUAGUCUACAUCGACCUCCUCUUCCUCAAGAAUAAGCUGAAGAAGCAGAAAGCCAGAGUGAUGGCCAGGCUGGCCUAG